GAAGCUCUUCAUGUUCCUCAGGGUCUGAGGAUGAGGCCAAGAGGAGUGGGGAACACCGUCCCAUCUCUCGUCUCCCCCGCAACAAACCUCUUCCGCGUCACAAGCCAGAGCUUGUAGCUUCCCCUCGUGCUAGUGAUGAGAGUCAUGUUGAGGAAGAUGAGGAGGACUUCCCUCCCCCAAAACUGUCACCUGCCGUUUCCCCAUCUAAAAUUGGCCCGUCUAGUCCCUUUAAACGGUCUAUUUCUUCGCCUCAAAAGUCACCUGUCAAAUCCUGUAUCAAGCCUGUCUCGGCUACCGUCAAGCACCGAACCAAAGAGCCUAGCCAGGAGGCAGCGACGUUGCCUCCUAGCAAAGAGGCAACGAACUCCAUUAAAACAAAGCCAGGAAAAUGCAGAGCCCUUGCCUCUCAUGAGCUCAGGCCCGACUUGGAGCAAGAGUUUGAGAAACUCCUUACGGGAGUCAAGCCAGCGACCCAGGCACCUGCGCGCUCGUCAGGCAGCCCCAGCGACGUCCUCGUCGACCCUGACUCUGAUCUCCCGCUAAUCAUUGGCAGAGGCAGGAGAAAAUUCAAGCCGCUUCUUCCUUACAAAGUCAACGUCACUACUGAUCAGGAUAUUGCUGGUAAAGAAGCAUCUUCAAACAUAUCUCACAGCCGCAAUUCCAGCCCCGACAAAACCAAAUGUUUUCAAAGCAAAAGUGGUGGCAAAAACUUGAAGUGGUUGCCAAUGGCCAGGGAAGUGAUGCCAGAAAUACUUUAGAUGCCAGUUCAAGAUGUGGCGACAAGACCAAGAACGCGUAUAAAAUAGGUGACAGUGUUCCGUUCAACAAGAGCGUUAUACCCGAAAAUUGCAAGCUUGACACCAGCAACAUUCCUGCUUCACUUCUGGUUGGGGGAGUGAGACCAACCAUUGCAGACUUGGUCAAGGUGCGGGAACGAAGGAAAUCUUUCGAGCGCGACACAUCAAGCGGCAGUGAAUGGGAGAAAAGAAGACUUGUUGAUCGCGAUACUCGAGUUAAACGUCGCACUCAAGACUUGCGGCGCCAGACCAAAAAGUCUCAGGAGCCAAAAUUACGCAGGCUUGUGUCCCGGAGUUCAGUAGACUCGUGUUCAAGUAAAGGCCAUCAGGCACGUGAAGCUGAAGAACUCAGCUGCGACUCAGCAGAUUCUUCCUUCACUCUGGACGACGAUGCAGAGCCAGGAGGGCACAGCAGUGGGGUGGACACAGCCUUGCUAGCCAGCAGUAAUCCUGUUGUAUAUUUGUCCUCGUCUUUUGCUGCAGCUCAAAAUCCCCCCCUGCCUCUAUCAUCUGCUCUCACCCUGCCGUCCCCGUUGACCCUUUCAUCACCGUCAUCAUACCUCAUCAAACAGAAAAUGAUGACGGCUACUAAAAUGACUCAGGAUCGUACCUCAUAUUCUGCUAUUACUCAAAACGAAUCUCCAUCUUGUCGUAAUGUAAACAAACCUCAAAAUGUCCACUCAAAAACUGCAAACAAUUUCCGAUCCACCGAGAAUUUAAGUUCAUCAGAAAUUCUCCUAGGCCGCCAUAGUGAGCGAAGCGAGAACUCGCGUCCCAUGGAGGAGCCCCGAGGCUGCAAGAGCUCGACGUGUGAGGACGAAUGUUGCCUCAGAGUUGACUCGUCGAGUGACAGCGACGAGUCUUCCCUCUCUGACGAGCCCGGUGUCAGAGUCGACCUAGACUCUGAGCAAACCCAGACUUUUGCUCUGUCUGCAGACGCCUUGUCGCAGGGACGCAUCGGGUCCAAAAUCUCGGCCCUGAAGAUGUCAAAGUUCGGCUCGAGUGGGCUGAGGGACGUGGGCAGCGCUGCACACUUGCCCACUCGCUGCGACCUCCCCCACGCAGCCCCAACCCUCUCCCCCAACCAUAUUCCCCACAGGGGGAGUGAGCCCCUAGCCUCGGGGUCUUCCGGGGCUGAGGAAGCUGGCAGCGGCAGCAACGACAGUAACAAGUCUAGUAGAAGUAGCAACGACGGUAACAAGUGUAGCAGCUGCAGCAAAUGUAACAAUUCCAACAACCACGGUAGCGGCUGUAACCAGGCCAAGAACAAUGGUUAUGACUGUUGUGGCAAACAAGUAGGCAAGUGUAGCAGCAGCAGUAGCUGUAGCAGGAGUACAGCCAAGUGUAGCAGCUGUAGCAGGAGUGCAGCCAAGUGUAGCAGCUGUAGCUGUGCUGCACGGAAACCAGCUACUCAGUGUCAGUGGCCUGGCAAGGUGAAGACGGCCGCUGAGCGCAAGACCUACGCUGACUUGCCAGCUGCCAAAGCGACUCAUGCCGCUCAUAAGACCGGCGUGGUGAUCAAGAGCGAAUGUGUGGGCGUGACUUGUGGUGGGACUGUGCCCUGUACCGCGGCCUGUGCUGAUGUGGCUGGUGCUAAGCCUGGUGCAGGGUGUGGAAAUGCUGGUGCGCCAGCUGGUUCAGCAUGUGGAGCAGGGGGUGCUCCAGCAGGCUCAGCAUGUGGAGCAGGUGGAGCGCCAGGUGGUGCAGGAUGCGAGGACGAGGAAGACGACGAGCAGCUGUCGCAGCUGGCGAGGCACCUCUCGCAGAUGAGCGAGGGACAACUCGGCCAGGCCGGCCUCCAGGAACUCGACCAAGAAGACCUCGCCGCCCUCUUGCCUGACAUCACCACUGCCCCUGCAGAAGACCCCUCAGCAGCUCAGGUGUUCCAGACGGACGGCUCCGUGCCACCGGCGAGACCCUCCAAGAGCUCGAGUGAACGACCUCGUGACGACGCGGGCGACGAGAAGGAAGACGAGGAACCCAUGGACGUGGACCCCAAAUCUCUGGACGAGCGGCGCAGGAAGACAAAAAAUUCCAAGUGCUCGCAGGAGGAGUCAGCGGGGGAUAGCGCCCCUUCCCACCUCGAGCCCUACGCACCUCUCGACUGUAGCGUGUCCAACGUUUCCCCAGACAGUGGCAUACAGUCAGUCAACGGUUCCCCCCUCCACCAGGUCAUCGCUUCCCCUCACCACCUCUCUCCUUUGUAUCCCAUAAACUCAAGAACACUUCACGCUGAUACUGCGAUUCUGCCAGGGGCUUCUCGACCCUAUUCCCCCAGUAACCAGUACUCUCCGCCUCCCCCGGUCCUACUUCCCGCCGUUACUCCUCCACACCUUGUAUCUUCGCCCUCCUGCUCCCCGCGAUAUCUCGAGGACGGUAACCCCGUGUCUCCCGAAAUGCCAACGCUCAAAUGUCAAGUAGACCCUCCCCCACCGUGGGUGUUGGACCAGCAGAGAAGACCAGUUGUUGACCCUAAGACCUCCAGUGAUUUGCAGGCCAGCGAUGACCAAGUUCUUACUCCUAACGAGGGGCAGCUUAAGAAGAGACCUGCCGAGCUCAUAGACGGCGAGCUCUCCAUGAGCGACUCAGGUCACCACACCAACGCAAAGCAAAGUGUCAGUGACCGGCCAGAUUAUGAGCACAGCUCAGCGACAGCCGGUUUGGAAAUAAGCGAAGAUAUAACGGCCGCGUGCCCGGAAGAAAAAGGAGAUCGCGGUCCUGGUAGACCGUCCGAUAUCCUUACAAAGAAGCGACCGCGCGGUCGACCUCGAAGUCUUAAAAGCAAACGCGCACAGGCAAUGCAGCACAGCGUGGAGGAGUCGUUACUGGGUGCAGAUAAAGCCCCGGGACCGAUAUCUGAUUCUUGCUCUCUCCUUCCAUUGGGUUUAGAUAGCACAACGUUGUCAGACGUUCCAGGCAGACGAACCUCUUCCAAGCACGGCCGGAAGAAUUAUGAUGACGGUGACCUGGACGCUGAUACCCGCACCAACAUUUCCGGUGUGCCUACUGACGGUCGUAUGAAUGACGUUAGCUACAACACGAGAGUGCGCACUCCAGCUCCUGACGCUCAACCCAAAGAUUCACAUUUAUCGCACGAAAACGUCAAUCCAGCAGGAAAUGAUGGGACUAAAAUCAAGAGAGGUGUUGGCAGGCCCAGAAAACAUCCCCGACCUCAAGAUACGGAUGCAUCGAUCUCAGUUCCUCCUCCACACGCCCUAAACAAGAAAAUAUUUUCUGAUCAGAUUGCGCACAAAAUCAUCAAUGAGAAGGUUCGUAACAGCGAGAAAUCCGAUAAAUUAUCUGUUCAUGGAACAGUGCUUGAUGGUGGAGGGACACCACGCGAUGACCGUGCGUCUGAUGCCCCUUCUGAAACGUCAGUUCGAUGUCGUAGUCGCAACGACUCCCCGAAUAUCCGAACAAACUCCCCCAGUACAUCCGAGCACCAGCCCAGGAGCAGAGGCCGAAGAGGCGCGAGAACCGAAGGCAUUCCUCUGGAGGAAAGGAAGAAAAAACGGGGACGCAAGAAGGAACUUCCUGCCAUUUUCCGCAAAGUUUAUGGCUCUCUGGCUGACGAUUCAAAUUCAUGGAACAAACGGGACAAAAUUGUUACGACCGUCGCUUGUUCUUCAUCAGUUGGCAUGACCAACUGCGCCCCUGCCUCAGAUACUCUAAAUUUGGCUGCAGCUUCUCACUUAAUCUGUAAGAAGAAGAAGAAACACCACACGCAAUUCAAGAGCAAACACCGUAAUAUUGUUGACCCUGUUUUUCUGGCUUCAUUAGAAGAGCUUUUACUUGAACUCGAGAAAUGCACCAUCACCAAAGGAGGUGUCAAGCCACCCGUCGGGGCAUGUGGCAACGUCGAUGCCCCUUUACCCGCCAUAUUCAGGGUGAAGAAAGGAAUUUUCUCCGCUAUGGGAGGCAAGAAGAGACGUGCCACAGAUAAGCGGACCAGCGACCGGGAGUCCGGCACCGAGGCAGAUGCAAAGGAGAAAAUCACUGGCAAGAGGAAAAAAAAACUGCAGGAAGCUCCUAAGCAGGAGAGAUGGCCAUCUGUGCUCGGCCGUGAUCGCUCUGAAGCCAACGAGCAGCGGCUGCCUCUGAAGAAGCGCCAUCGCCAUAUCUCGACAGCCGUUCCCUCAGACGUCACUCCUUCGUUUUCUUCAACGCCACACACAGCAGCCAACUCUCCUGGUUGCCUCGUAAAUAUUUCAACUGAUCAUCACAGUCACAUUUCAAGCCACUCUCCCGGGUCAGCCAAUAACACAAAGAACUUUGCAGACGUAAAUAAUCCGUGCCCGCAUAUCGACGCAAAUCAUCUUUGUGCUGUAAUAAAAGAUGUUGAUGAAGCCUUGCCUAUUACUAGAGGGCCGUCACACUUCACCGAAGAAAUUUCCGAAAAUAAUAGCAGUACCUACAGAGAUUUUUCAUCACCGUAUAUUGUCCGGAGCGCUGUUCAACAAAACAACAACAAUGAUACAAAUAAGAACCUUCAGUUAGCGGCAUCUGAGCUCUCCAAAGACUUGACCCAUACAAGUUUUUGUGGCGACUGUCCUCCAGCACCACAAGAUUUUGACGAUGCUCACAAAGUUCCCUGCGACGCAAAACUAGUUGUUGGUUUAAAACCAAUAAAUGUUACUUCAACGUACUCUAGUGAACAUUGUUCGGAAACAAAUAGAAAUUCUGCUGAACAACUUCCAAUUCGCGUGGAAACCCCGAGCACUUCAGUACCGUAUGAUACCUCAGAUCACGAUGCUGUCAACUCAUCGAUGUCUUCGUGUUCCGUCAACGCCCGGAAGCCAGAGAUCCUAACGCAGUCUUUGUCCACAACCACCCCGAAAAAACGUCACCGCCUGGAAGCUGAGAUGAGGAUCAGCUCCAUCUCCGCCCAAGAAGGCGCUGCUAUCGAUGGAUGCAGUCCUGCAGCUUUGCCUCUUCUUGAUGAGGUACCUGCCGUCGAAGCUUGUCCUGAAUCUCAGCCAUCUGGAAAAGGGAAAAGCAGCUUGCCACCAAGCAGUCCCACCAAAACUCGAAGUAGCAGAGGAAGAGAUUCGCCUAAAGAUUAUGGCGAGUUGGUGCGCGUUAAAUUACCUCGAAUGGCGAAAGCUUCAAAUGAAGGCUCUCCUGUAAAUCGUACAAGUAGUCCUACAAAGUUACCCUGUGACAGAGUCACAACCCGUCUGUCGAAGUCUCCUAGCGUUAGCCCAACGGCUUCUCCAGUGAAACGGCGUUGCGAGUCCAGAGCCAGCACGGUCUCCACUCGAUCUCGCUACGACACUCCAAGUAAGCCUGGAACUCCAGACCUCAUUGCUGACACCAACGUGUCACCUGAGAGCAUCGCCCAGGAUAUCAUCAUUACUGAUGGCAUCUUAGAGUCUGCUAAACGCCAAAUUGAUUUACUUGAAUGUAAAGUAGAUUUAUCUCCUUUGGAAUUGCCAAUCCAGCAAAAUUUAACUAUUCCUAUCAAUUCUUCGUCUAUGAAGGAGAUUAAUAGUGUUGUGACAAAUGAAGGUACUCAUUCAGAUAGUGACAUUGCAAGUGAGCACGAACCCCUACGAGAAAGCGAUCAGAGUGGCUUCAUGUCUGAUAAAGAAGAGCCCAACGAGGCGCUGAAGGAGCGAUCGAGUCCGCCGCAGAAAAGACUCAAGAAAAAACGAGAGCUGCGAUCACCAAAACAGCUUGCUUUACGGGAAAGUAUUGUUCAAAGUUUGCCAGAAAUUGAUGAAGAUGAGAAGGAUGUUCCAUCUCUUCCUUUCAAGAAGAAGCACAUAAAGAGAAAGCCAAACAGAACUGGAUUCCCUACUGUGAAGAGAAAGAAGAAACCCCGAGCUGUUACCGACGAUGAGGAAAUGGAUUCAGCUGCUGAUGCCGAGACACUUCUACCACUGACGCAGCCUAUGGAAGUCGAGGAUGGCUUCAAGCGUCAGAUUCCUAUUGAAGAAAAAAGUCUGGUCUCAGUUGUGCCGGAGGUUUCAAAGCAACGCAUGAGAGGCAGACCAAAGAAAAUGCGUCCGGCUGUUACGUCAUUUGAACAUGAUGGAUCACUUAAAUCACAUGAAAGCGAAAGUGACAUCCUUGACAGGUUGUCUCCAGCAAGGACGUCCCCUCUCUGUAAUUCCCAAUCCAAUGAUGAAGAGACUAAAUACACAAAGACUGAAACUAGUAAAGCUGAAAUUCUUGAUGCAUUGCCGAAUAGCUGUCCUAACGACCCCGCAGAUGAAGAUGAGCUCCCUGACAUUUUGCACUCCAGCGAAAAUAUCUCACCAGGAUUCCCUACUGUGGGCGAUCACCGACUACACCGGGACUACACCGGGCGAUCCUCUAGUCUGCAGAAAGAUAGCAAACUUAAUGAUGAAAAAAAUUUACCAACCACUGAAGCAAAUGAUGUUUCUACGCCGGAUUUAAGUCUGCUACCAGAAACAAAGACUGAGGAGACGAUUUUAGCUUCAGACAAAAAGGACUUGGUAGAAGCAGGAGGCAUGAAUACAUCAGGCAUAAUCAGGAGCGGAGGAGGCGCUGUGGUGAGCCGUGGAUGGUGUGCGGGGCCCCUGCUGCUGGGUGGGGCCAGGACCAGGAGGAAGAGAGAACUCAUCUUAGAGGAAUUAUCUAACCCCACCCUCAAGAGGAGAAGGAAGCUACUGCCCCCGCAGCGUGACCACCGCUCCAUCGUACCUCUGGAGUCUUCUGAAUUACACACUGCAUCUCCGUGCCUACCUGACCCAUUGCUUGCCGAGUUCGCUGGUGACGGCGCUCCUGCCGAGAUGACAGAAGGCGAUGGCAGCGGCACCAGCACUGACGCUGGCACUGGAGGUGGCACUGUGAGCAGCGAGCCUGCCAGCUGUGAUGAGAGCACCCGUCCCUCGCACGCCAAGCGCCGCAUACCGCGCUGGAGGAAGAAGUACCUCGUGGCGGGACUCUUCUCUGAUUACUACAAGCAGGACGAACCGCCUCCUCGCCGCAACGGUGAUGUGCUGGCGAUGGUGCGCAACCACAAGUCUGCGAUGUUGGCGACCAGUUUGAUAGAGAGGCCUGCAUCGCAGUCUCCCUUGCUGCCCCCUCCUUGCUACUGCAGGAAAUGGCUUAGGGAGCGCCUUAUCGACUUCAAGCUUCCUUAUGACCUCUGGUUCCUGCAUACCUACAACUUCCUCCCCGGCAGGGACCUCGUGCCUUCAUGGAACUACAAGAAAGUCAAGUCCAACAUUUUUUACGACGUGAAGCCGAGCCCUUGCGCUGCUGAGAGCCAGCCCUGCAACUGCCGGCGCCCUCAGGACGCCGCGGCGCUGGGUUGUGGCGACGACUGCAUCAACCGCAUGAUGUUCAUUGAGUGCAGCCCUCAAACCUGCCCCAUUGGUGACCGUUGCUCAAACCAACGUAUCCAGAGGCACCAGAGCCUUAGUUGCCUCAUGCGCUUCAUGACUCCCAACAAAGGCUGGGGCAUUAAAGUCACGCAGCCCAUCAAAACAGGGACUAUCAUUCUUGAGUAUGUGGGGGAAGUAGUGAGCGAGAAGGAGUUCAAACUUAGGAUGCAGACAACCUACGCCAACGACACCCAUCAUUACUGUCUUAAUCUUGACCGCGGUCUUGUGAUAGAUGGCCACCGUAUGGGCGGCGAUUGCCGUUUCGUUAAUCAUUCGUGUGAACCUAAUUGUGAGAUGCAGAAGUGGGGAGUGAACGGCCAGUACAGGAUGGCUCUGUAUGCCCUGCAAGACAUUCCCAGUAGCACAUUAGCCUGUAUGCCACACUGA